AUGAAAUAUCGGCCCGCUAUCAUGAGCGCGUCCCUGGGGCGGGCAUGGCUGCACAACCUCGAUCACAAGAUUGAGCAGGCCGCCGAGGCUGGCUUUAAAGGAAUCGAGAUCUUUUAUGAAGAUCUGGAAUAUGCGGCACGCAAUAUUUCUGGUCAUGAUUCUCCAUCUUCAGAGCAUGUUCUCCUAGCUGCAGAUCAUGUCCAUGAGGUAUGCCAAGCGCAAGGGCUCGAGAUCAUUGGGCUGCAGCCUUUCCUCUUUUACGAAGGUCUCAAGGAUCGAGAUCAGCAAGCCAGAUUGAUCGAGAAAAUGAAGGACUGGCUCCAAAUUGCGAAGCGACUCGACACCACGAUCAUUCAAAUCCCUGCCAAUUUCCUCCCGGCAGAGCAGUUGACGGACGACCUGGAUAUUAUUGCCGCCGACCUGCGACAGGUAGCUGAUAUGGGCGCCGCGGAGAGCCCUGUUGUGCGGUUUGCAUAUGAAAACUUAUGCUGGAGUACCUAUAUCGACACCUGGGAGAAGGCUUGGGACGUGGUGAGAAUCGUCGAUAGGCCGAAUUUUGGUAUGUGCCUCGAUACCUUCAAUAUAGCCGGCCGAGUGUGGGCAGAUCCAACAGUGGCAGCUGGCAAAGCGCCAAACGCAGACAACGACUUGAUAAAAUCCAUGCAGCGGCUUGUGAAGGAAGUUGAUGUGUCGAAAGUCUUUUAUAUUCAGGUUGUGGAUGCGGAGCGUAUGGAACCACCGUUGGUGCAUGGGCAUCCGUUCCAUGUUGAUGGUCAGCCUGCACGAAUGAGCUGGUCGCGAAACGCAAGAACAUUCAUGUAUGAAGAGGAUCGUGGGGCCUAUUUGCCCUCGGAAGACGUUGCCAAGGCAAUAAUAUUUGGACUAGGCUAUGAGGGUUAUAUUUCGAUGGAACUCUUCUCCAGAACGAUGGCUGAGCUAGGAGAACAUGUCCCUAACCAGCAUGCGAAAAGAGGCAUCGUAUCCUGGAGAAAGCUCAGACAGCGGCUGCAGCUCGAGUAG